AUGUCCCAGCUCCUGCAGGUCGAGAUCCCGAACUUCGGGAGCACGGUGCUGGGCAGCCUGAACGAGCAGCGGCUCCUGGGGCAGUACUGCGACGUGUCCAUCGUGGUGAACGGCCAGAGCUUCCAGGCCCACCGCGCCGUGCUGGCCGCCAGCAGCCUGUACUUCCGCGACCUGUUCAGCGGCAGCGCCAAGGAGCAGUUCGAGCUGCCGUCCUCGGUGGCGCCCGCCUGCUUCGCGCAGAUCCUGGCCUUCUGCUACACGGGCCGGCUCACCAUGGCGGCCAGCGAGCAGCUGGUGGUGAUGUACACGGCCGGCUACCUGCAGGUGCAGCACAUCGUGGAGCGGGGCAUGGAGCUCAUGUUCAAGGCCAACUCCCCGCUCUGCGACUCGCAGAGCGCCGCGCAGGACGAGCCGGGCUCCGAGCCCCAGAGCCCCCCCCCGGCGACGCUCCUGGGGCCCCCCGGCUGGUCGCCGCUGGCGCUGGCAGGCGCCCGCAGGAUCAAGCAGGAGGCGGCCGAGGCCCCCGUCACGGCGCAGGGGCCGGGGGUCAGGCGCGGCGAGGGGGGCCCCGGGGCCCGGCUUCAGAGGAGCGGCUCGCUGUUCUACACGGGGGCCGGGGGCCUGCAGCCGUACCCCCACACCCCCGGGGACGGCUCCAGCCCGGGGGCCUCCAGCCUGCCCCCCACCGACAGCCCCACCUCCUACCAGAACGAGGACGAGGAGUUUGAGGAAGAGUCGUACGACAGCUUGGCUGAGGACGUGUACGGGCAGAUCUACAGCCGCUCUGCCAGCUCGUAUGCCAUCCAGGACAAGCUGGAGGUUUCGGGCGUGCCCCUGUCGCUGGAGAGCCGCUCCUGUGUCCUGCUUCGCCGGGACCUGGUGUCUCUGCCUGCCAGCCUCAUCAGCCAGAUCGGUUACCGCUGUCACCCCAAACUCUACACCGAGGGGGACCCCGGGGAGAAACUGGAGCUGGUAGGAGGCACUGGCGUGUUCAUGACCCGGGGCCAGCUCAUGAACUGCCACCUGUGCGCUGGAAUCAAGCACAAGGUGUUGCUGCGGCGACUGCUGGCCACCUUCUUUGACAGGAACACGCUAGCUAACAGCUGUGGGACUGGGAUACGCUCGUCCACCUGCGAUCCCAGCCGGAAACCGCUGGACAGCCGUGUGCUCAACGCUGUGAAACUGUACUGUCAGAACUUCGCCCCGAGCUUCAAGGAGAGCGAGAUGAACGUGAUCGCGGCGGACAUGUGCACCAACGCGCGGCGCGUGCGCAAGCGCUGGCUGCCCAAGAUCAAGUCCAUGCUGCCCGACGGGAUGGAGGUGUGCAAGGCCGGGGCCCCGGCGGGCGUGGCCCACGUCCUCGCCAGCCAGGCCGGCCUGGCCCUGCCCUUCGAGGCCGACUUCAAAGCCCUGCUCCCGUCCGGCCUGAACUUCGAGCAGCACCUGUACCGGGAUCGCAAAGAGACCCACAGGACUCACCUGCAGCUGGCCGGGGCCAGCCCGGGGCCGGGGCCGGGGCCCGCGGGGGACGGGGCGGAGCCCGAGGGGGGCGCCGCCCAGCCCUACACUGUUCUGCCCUUCAACCUUAUACAUACAGCCGACACGCUCAUAACCACGCCCCUGAACCCAAGAACUCAUAUGCACAUGUACGCAUGA